UCUUCGCCCCGAGUCUGAGCUUCACUCUCAUGGCCAUCUCCUCUCCUUCUCUUCUCGUAUCCUCUCACCCUUCUUCUCUUCCUCUCUUCUCUCGCUUCGAACCCAAGCUAAUAGCAAUGCCUUCCUUUCCCUUUACUUCUCCGCCUCCUCUUCGUCUCCUUCCCAUCCGCUCCUCCACCUCCCAAGCUGGCCCUCUCUUUCAAGACCCCAACAAUCGGACCUUGUUCCCUUUCGGCGAUGAGAAGCACUCCAUGCCCACGCCCUCUCACCGAUGGCAGCGCGUGCUCCUCAAAGUCAGUGGAGAAGCACUCGCCGGUGACCACAAGGAAAACAUCGAUCCCAAGAUUACUAUGGCCAUCGCUAGGGAAGUAGCCUCUGUUACCCGGCUUGGCAUUGAGGUUGCUAUAGUGGUCGGAGGAGGCAACAUCUUUCGCGGAGCUUCUUGGGCGGGGUGUAGUGGCCUUGAUCGAUCUUCUGCUGAUUAUAUUGGCAUGUUGGCAACAGUUAUGAAUGCGAUAUUCUUGCAAGCGACGAUGGAGAGCAUUGGAAUCCCUACUCGUGUCCAGACUGCAUUUCGCAUGUCAGAAGUAGCAGAGCCAUACAUAAGAAGAAGGGCUGUUAGACAUUUGGAGAAAGGAAGAGUUGUGAUAUUUGCUGCUGGAACUGGCAACCCAUUCUUCACCACUGAUACCGCUGCUGCUCUUCGUUGUGCCGAAAUUAAUGCAGAGGUAGUCCUCAAAGCAACAAAUGUUGAUGGAGUCUACGACGAAGACCCAAAGAUCAACCCAAAUGCCCGUCUUCUUGACAAUCUAAGCUACCUUGAUGUAACCACAAAGGACCUCUCUGUAAUGGACAUGACUGCGAUCACAUUGUGCCAAGAAAAUAACAUUCCUGUUGUUGUUUUCAAUAUAAAUAAACCGGGAAACAUCGCAAAGGCGAUCAUUGGUGAAAGGGUUGGCACCUUGAUUGGAGCGAAAGAGAAUGAACCACUAAGAAGUGAACAUGCAGUUGUAAGUGACUGAAUCUUCUUAUGCUUUCCACUGUUUUGCAAUGGUUCAAAGGGAUACCAUGGAGGUCCAAUGCCUUCCAACUUAGAUGAUUUCUUAGCUUUUGAAACUAAGUAAAUGUUGGCUCUUGAAUCUCUGUACAUGAAUGUUCAAUAACAAGUUACAUUUUAAUAAAGUUGUUAAUAGUGUUUCUUUUUAUUGAA